AACUGUUAGUUUUGACAGCGCGUUGGCACGGUGAUACAUGGAGAUGAAACACAAGAGAACUAUGAGGCAACGCUAUGCUCUGAAACAUGGGAUACUGAAGGAGUUCCUGGCUGAGUUCCUGGGGACUUUUAUCUUGGUUUUGUUUGGCGUUGGGUCUGUUGCUCAGACGGUCCUGAGUCGUAAUGCCAUGGGGGAGACUCUCACCAUCCAUAUAGGCUUCUCUGUGGGACUGAUGAUGGCAGUGUACGUGGCCGGAGGAGUGUCAGGAGCCCAUGUGAACCCUGCUGUCUCCUUGGCCAUGGUGAUCCUGGGAAAACUCAAGUUCUAUAAAUUCCCUGUCUAUGUCAUCGCUCAGUUCCUUGGUGCUUUCUCUGGAGCUGCUGCAGUGUUUGGGCUGUAUUAUGAUGCGUUCAUGGACUUCACCAAUGGGAUUUUAUCAGUGACUGGUAUUAACGCCACCGGUCACAUCUUUGCCUCUUACCCUGCCAGGUCCCUAACCAUCCUCGGAGGCAUCAUAGACCAGGCAGCAGGAACAGGCAUGCUGGUGUUGUGUAUCCUGGCCAUCAGCGAUGGAAAGAACAUCGGCGCCCCUAGAGGCAUGGAGCCACUGUGCAUCGGCCUGAUCAUCAUGGCUAUCGGAGUGUCCAUGGGGCUGAACUGUGGGUAUCCCCUCAACCCUGCCAGGGACCUGGGGCCACGACUCUUUACUGCUGUAGCUGGCUGGGGUUGGGAGGUGUUCAGCACUUCAGACUACUGGUGGUGGGUCCCGGUGGCGGGGCCGAUGAUAGGAGGCGUGGUCGGGGCUCUGGUCUACUUCCUGUUCAUCGAGAUGCAUCACAAACAGCCUGAGAAACCCCACGAGGAGGAAGAGGAGGAGGACGAAGAGGAGGAAGAAGAUCUGGAGGAGGACAGCAGUCUUAAGGACAAAUAUGAGAUGAUUACCAUGAGUUAAAGAGUCAGAGAGAUUCAUUCACUUGUCAAGGACUUUAAAAGAAAAUGUCUGUCUGUCUGGUUCAGAUCAAUGUUACUGUAAAGUCAAUCAGGAGAGGAAUGUCAUGUUGGGAGCCAAAUACACACACACACACAAACACACCAAGGACAGGCUUGCUCUCUCAGUGUGCUAUGGUGAAACCCUGUGGUAGAGGGAGUAGAAGAGUUAUAGCCUGUUAUUACAUGUCAUAGCCUUUAGUAAGCAGACUAGUGUGCUACGUAUGAGUGAACGAUCAGAGUACAAGGCCUUUUAGCCCACUGCUGAUGGGCGCUCCAAUAGUCAGUCUACAUGGAGAAACCCUGUAGAACAGCUUAUUGUUACUGUUUAAAUAGGUAAAGAUACAGAAUGGUUAGUUCAUAAUGAUGUGCUUAUAUGUAGCAAUCCGCAACACUGGAAAAGUAAAAUUAUGUAUAUAUAAUAUUUCACCCCUUAUGAUUCCAAUUGGACUACACCUCUGUCAGUUUUAUGUAAAUGAGAUUCCAUUUGGACUACACCUGUCAGUUUUAUGUAAAUGAGAUUCCAUUUGGAGUACACCUGUCAGUUUUAUGUAAAUGAGAUUCCAUUUGGAGUACACCUGUCAGUUUUAUGUAAAUGAGAUUCCAUUUGGACUACACUGUCAGUUUUAUGUAAAUGAGAUUCCAUUUGGACUACACCUGUCAGUUUUAUGUAAAUGAGAUUCCAUUUGGACUACACCUGUCAGUUUUAUGUAAAUGAGAUUCCAUU